AAGUGCUUUUUCCGUUUUUUUUUUGUUUUUGUUUUUUUACCUCGCUAUUAUCUUCGGGUUUUGGAUUUGUUCGGCGUUUGACAUAGACAGGAUGGUUUUUUUUGGGAUACAUGGGUUGAUACCAACAUUAGAGCUUGCGACCUCGCGGUCAAACAUUCCGUUUUUCUCUUCGUUUUCUUGCUAAUUUCUCUAUUCGUUCAAGUGUCACUGGGACUUUUGUGUAUGUGUCCUGAGUGCAUGUGUAUCAUAUUACAAGCACAUCUUAAGAAUGGAAACAGGCGUGCCUUCUCCAACCUUCUGCUCGUUGUUUACUUUCCUUUCUUCACUCAUUGAACACCUGAUGACGUUUGGUACAAGCCUCAAUUCUAUUGUGAACGAGUCACAGGCCAUGACACGGCUGUGGGUUGAUUAUCCCCCGGGGGCCUGGCUGCGGCGGCACACUGAGUAUCAGCAGUCUGAUUUGCUGAAAUUCUUGUAAGCAGCGCAUUAUCUUGGUGGGUACUGGUGCAAACAUCAAGGGUGUUCGAGCCCCCAUUGAAUGUGCUAAUCAAUUAGUAUGAGGAUUAUUAUUCUUAUGAUUAUUGUGGUUUGUAUUUUGGGCAGCUACAGCCUACGGCCCGGGGAUCUGCACAAAUCAUGCUGUGCAACGUUGUCCGCGCCAGUGGGCUGGGCGUCAUUGGAAAUGGUUCCCAACUCCCUGGCGAUCACCCUCGUUGGUGGACACUGGCACGUCAUGCCUAGCCUGCAUGAUAUGUUGUCAUUGUUGACAGCAUGCCUCAAAGACAGUAGCCAGACUAGCGUUGACCAGGUUCAUCUCCUACCAAUCAUAGGAGAUUGAGAGUUGGGUACUGUUUCGCCAGUUGGAAGUUGAUAUGUCUCACCAUCCAUUGAACUGGACAUGGAUUCUGUACAAUCAAGUUGAUGAGUUGGAACCAUGGGGUGAAUGAGAAAAUAAAAACAGGGAGAGAAGAGGGCGACACAGAUCAUGUAUUGUGGUUUCAAUGA